GCAGAUGUGUUUACAGUGAGACGUUGGGGAGAAGAUUCAGCAGAAGAUUCAGAAGAUGAAGAUGAAGAUUCAGAGGAGAUAAUUAUCGAUUAUCUUUGAUACCUCUCUUUCGGAUUGCUCCCUAUAAUUCGAGGUGAGGUGAUGAUGGCAGUGCACUAUGGAUAGGCGCCUUGUUCUUGUCAGCUUAUUUCCAUUCCGCGAUGAAGUUAAAAGGCUGUUCUGGCGCUUUGUGUAGACACGUGCUGUAUGCCUUGUUAUUUGGUCCAUCACCCUCUAACCCUACCACCAUCGUGAAUAUCGAUUUCUGCGUAUGAUGUCUGUGUACAACAUUAGGGACUCCAAUAUCUCACUUUUAGGCUCCGAUCUCGAACGACGCGUCCGCGAGCACGCUGGCGCCAAAGAAUCAGCUUGGGCGAAAGCUGGUGUCAAACCUGGUUUUCAAAUCUGGAGGGUAGAGAAGUUCGCGAUCGUCGAUUGUAGCGACUGGGUGGCACACGAGAAGAAAUAUGGGACUUUCUAUGAUGGCGAUUCGUACAUUGUCUUACAUACGUACCAGGAUGGCAAGGACACACCGCUCCGAUAUGAUCUGCAUUUCUGGCAAGGAGAACAUACGACUCUAGAUCAAGCUGCCACAGCUGCAUUCAAGGCUGCUGAGCUCGAAGAACAUGAUAAAAAGAUAUACACCAUGAUCACGACGCGUGACAAGGUGCUCAAGACACGGUCAGAGGACGGGAAACAGCUUAUAGUGCGCGAAAUACCUCUCGAGGGGUUGGUUAUGCGCCAAGGGAUCGUCUACGUACUCGACAAAGGUCCCCUCUAUUGGCAAUAUAACACGAAGAAGAGUACUGCUUGGGCGAGGUACAAAGCAGCUGAGUAUAUGAUGUACUUGGGACAAUGGAGGGUUCCUCAAGCUAAAUUUCAAGUGUUUGAUGAGGGGACUCCAGACGAAGGAGAGUUCCUUCAAGCAGCGGGAAUCACUUCUCCUGUAAUGGACGUACCACUACCGCCUAACCAGGGAACUCCGAUCGAUCCCCCGUUGUUAUACCGACUCAACGGAGAUGUCGAUGGCUGGCAGGUCGUAGCUGUCCCUGCACAGAAGACUUCACUUCAGUCUGAUGGUGUUUAUAUCAUGGACGACCAUGCAUUCCCAGCUGUUUACACCUGGCUAGGGAAGAACGUACCAGAGCCCCAACGAAGACGCGCGCUGCAGUACGCUCAAAAUUACCUGAAUGACAAGCGUACCAAGGAGGGAGAGCAUGUGCAAGUGGCAACUACUUUGGUGAAGGUUAACGAAGAAGUCGAGCCAGCUUCAUUCUUGGAGGCAUUUACUCCGAGAACCCUCUGA